AUGGCAGCGAAUUCAACUCAACAGUUUCUCAGCACGUUUGUAACAAAAUCAUCACCUGGCACAGCUCUCGACAGUAUCGCAACAGGUUUGCUUGAAACAUUUAUCGAUAUCACUGCAGCGAAUUUUACAGAUGCGUUUGUCAAUAUUACUGUACAAAAUUCAACUGAAACAUAUUUUGAUAUCAAUGCAACGAAUAUAACUGAAGAAGUACUCGACAGUAUUGGUGCGAAACCAUAUGAACAAGUUUUCGAUAUUAUAUCAACGUGCUUGAUCGUCAUUGUUGCGGUGGUUGGAAUUACCGGUAAUUCUCUAGUGAUUAAUAUUCUCUAUAAUAACAAGAAGUUAAGAACUCCUCAGAACAUCCAGCUACUGUCGUUAGCUGUAACAGACAUGAUAGUUUGUAUCUUAACAACAUCGAUGCGGUUUGUUUUUACGGUGAAAAGUCUUCGACACGGGGAAAUCAACAUAAAAGGCCCACUUUGUACAAGUCAAAUAUUUGUUUUUUACUCGUCAACCUUAAUAACUGUAAUUUCUUUGGGAGCUAUCAGUGUUUCGAGGGCGAUAGGUAUAGCAGAUAAGUGUUCACCAAGCACCAAAAAAAGGGUGAUCUUCAGUUUGAUUUUUGUAAGCUGGAUUGCAGGGACAGGAUAUGGAACAUGGAAGGCAUGGGUCGGGGAAGACCUCUCGUGCAAUGUAGAUCCCGUAAGCCAGCAAGUGAAAAACGCAACAAGAAGUGGCAUACUCAUAGUAUUUCUAACACUGUGUACAAUGGCUGGGUCAUAUUCCUACAUCUACCGUGUGAUCAAAAGACAUGAGAAAUCAUUUCAACGAGCUAUGGAGGCAGGAGGCAAUAGUGGGCCAAGACAUCGCAAACCAAUGGACCUUGCAACCCUGAAUGUAUUCGCAACACUGAUUUCUACGUUUAUGAUAUCAUAUUUACCACUUGCAUGUUAUGGUAUGAUUGUAGUCAAUAUUGAGAGUUUCAGAAACGAACAUGUUGCUAGUUUUUUUUAUUCGGUUAUGUGUUUGGGCAGCAUGGCUAAUCCUAUAUUGUACACUUUAACCUCCGAUCAGUUUAAAAAUUACCUACCUUUUAAGAAAAACACAUCUAACAACGAAAUACAGUUAAAGCAACGAGCUAGAACUGGACAGAAAACCCGUGAAAUAACAACCAUAUAUAAUACCCAUAGUUGCAGAGCACUUCGUUUCCGGAAAACAAUGACAACAUGUAACAGUAUGACUUUAUAUCAUAAACAUGAGAGACACUUUCCAUGUCAGAAAAUAUUGCAUAUAUUAUCAUAUAUAUUGCAAACCGCCAGAGUUUAUCACCCAAACUACCUCCAAUCAUUUCGAGUUUAG